UUGUUUUGGAUCUGAGUUUAUUUGCCAGUGCUUUCGAUUCACCGCACCAGUCAUUACGCUGUUGAAACUGCAAAUUCUGCGAGGUCUUAAGCUUGCUGAGGAUUGGUCCAGAGCUCAAAUGAUGGCGUCCUUGUACGUGUCAACGACUGGUUUACUAUGUAUGAUGUGUGGACCUGGGACAUACAAAACCAAUGACUGCGUCACCAACAUGACGUCAGCGACAUGCGCAGAGUGUCCAAAUGGAACCUUUCAAACAACAGACAACCAGGCGCAGUAUUGUGCAGCUUGCUUGACAACAUGCUUAGACCGAUACCAAGUUGUGUCAGCGCCCUGUACGAAGAUUGCCAAUACCAAAUGUAGAUGCAAAGAUGGGUACUAUUUUAAAAAUUUGUCUGUUGAUGGUUCAGAAGGACAUUGCCUCCAAAAUAAAACCACGCUUCAAUCUUCAAAGGAUUUUCAGAUUACAAAGUCAAACGAGUCAGAAUGCGGGAAUACAUCGUCUCUAUUUUGCCAACUGGAAAAGAGAUUGUUCAACUUCACACAAGAUAGUGGACCGGAGAAGUACGUUUUACUGGUGGCCCCCAUUAUUUCCUUGGCGGCCUCUGUUGUUGGUUUUCUGCUCCUGAUAAUAUACUACGCGAAGUCUCCAAUUACCGUACCAAAGAAAAGGGACUUUGGUGUCAUUGGUUGUACAUUCGAGCGUCUACAUAACGAUGAAUGGAGGUCACUCCUACUGUUCAUUGCGACUCAAUCCGUUUUCGAAGAGUACAUAUUAUUCUUUAAAGUACUAUUUGAAAUAUCUGGUUUGGAUGACAACGUGGAAAGCAUCAUUUCAACUCACGAAUCAAACCACCCGUUUAGUAGAACCGAGGUGAUCUACGAAUGUCUUCAAACUUGGCGCCAAAAGCUCAAUCGAAAUGCUUCUGUUGAAGCCUUAUACACCGCCUUGUCCAGAGUCGGAUGCAGAAGAAGAGUUAUUCGGAAGGUUCGUGGGAAAUAUAAGCAGCUUGUUGUAUCCAGAAUCCGACCUCCGGCACUUAAGAGAUCACACAGCUACACCGCGGGUCUUCUUGGUGAAACAAAAGAGGCCAUUCAGGGGAAAUCCAAAGUGGAACUUUCUGCAUAUAUCUGAUAUUUUAUCUUUAAUUGUAACGUCUACAUGACUUUGAUGAUUGCAUUAAUUUAAGAAGACAAAAAUUACAUAUUGUGUAAAUAUAUUUGCUUUUGAUGCUCAUGGAAAUAAAUGAUGGCUUUCUUUAAAAUAUAAGGUGUGAAUGACAUUUUAAAGUUUGAACUGUUAAAUUAUUAGUAAUCUAAUUCCUAUACUCACGCUUUGAAGUAAGCUGUGAGUGCAUGGACUAGUUAGAGAUGUCUCAGUGGAAUGUGAUUCAACGUUAUUAUUUUGUGGCGACGUACAUGAAGAAUUAUUGUCAAUUUUUAGACAUUGUUUCAGCGAUUAUUUUUCUAAGCUGUUUCUGUAGACUUUAUAUAUUCAGUUAUUUCAAUCCCCAUCCCAAUAAAAGGAUAACCAAACGCCAUGGAAAACAAAAAACAUAUGAAUACUUGAAUACAAAUCACAUGUUGCAUCCAUAUAAAUCAUAACUAUCUUUUCAAAUGUAAAAUGAAACAUAUCGCAUAGGAAAUGCAUUUUUUUCAAAUAUUAUAAUUAUAAUAAAUGACAUGCAAGGAAUAACAAC